AAUAGUACACGCAUUGAAAGCCUAACAAAACAGGCAGGUGAGUCACCCUCAUACCCGGCGAUCCGUUUUCACGCCAAAACAAACUGUCCGUGCCUUGAAAUUGCAUGUUUUGCCUCCUCUUCUUCCUUCUUCUCCUUCUUCCUCACUCUUUUUAAAACCCUAAAUUUUAAUUCUCAUCCAAUUGUAUUCAAUAUUUUUAUUCAACGGCCCAAAAAUUCAUUCAAUUUCUGUUGCUUUGGGGCUGGAAUUCAACCGAAAAGCCCCAACUUUUAUCGUACCGGAUUCAAAUUUUGCUUGGUUUCUGAUCGAUCGGGAAAUAAUAGGGGGCUUUCGUUAAGAUUCAAUCGAUCGGAUCCCUUUCGAGCUCAGAGCUGGGGGGAUUGGAUUGAAAAAGUUGAAUUUGGUUGGAAUUUGGUUAUUGUUUGAAUUGGGUGGCGAUGGAUUCUAGCAGAAGAGCUGUGGAAUCGUACUGGAGGUCGCGUAUGAUCGAUGCCGCUACGUCGGACGAAGACAAAGUCACUCCCGUUUACAAAUUGGAAGAAAUUUGCGAGCUUCUGCGAUCCUCGCAUGUUAGUAUUGUGAAGGAAAUCUCAGAGUUUGUAUUGAAGCGUCUCGACCAUAAGAGCCCAAUUGUUAAACAGAAGGCCUUAAGGUUGAUUAAAUAUUCAGUGGGGAAGUCUGGUGUGGAGUUCAGGAGAGAAAUGCAAAGACACUCGGUGGCCGUGCGCCAAUUAUUUCAUUAUAAGGGGCAAUUGGAUCCUUUGAAAGGGGAUGCGCUUAAUAAGGCUGUGAGGGACACUGCUCAUGAGGCUAUUGCUGCUAUCUUCUCAGAGGACAACAAUAAGCCUGCACCUUCUGAAGAUCUCAAUAGACGAAUACAAGGUUUUGGUAAUACAAACUAUGAACCGCCAUCGGAAGAUAAGAAAUCAUUUCUUAGUGAGGUUGUUGGUCUUGGUAGUGUAUCUAUCAAGCAAGGACUAAGUAGUUUCACACAAGGUCACUCAUCAAGAAAGAAAGACACUGGAAGCUACAAAAGUCCAAAUCUUCGUAGAUCAUUGACUACAGAAAAUGAGCACAGGGAUAGAUAUGAACCAGUUGAAUAUCGCAAUGAAACUCAAGGUGGUUAUGGGAUUUCAAAGAAUGUGGCUACUGGACCUUGGAACCAGGAUUCAAGAUUAAACAACACUGAAUCUAGCAAUGAGGAUUCAAGUUCAAGUCGUACUGGAAGUAAGACACAAGAGGAAAGGUUGUUGGAAACUAUUGUAACGUCAGGUGGUGUACGUUUACAACCCACUCGAGAUGCGCUUCAGGUCUUCCUUGGAGAGGCUGCUAAGUUGGAUGCAAUGGCUUUAAGUCAUGCUCUCGAGUCAAAGCUCCAAUCUCCAAUGUGGCAGAUUCGCAUGAAAGCUGUUUGUGUUCUCGAGUCAAUUUUGAGGAAAAAGGAUGACGAACAUUUUUCAACCAUAACAGCUUAUUUUAGUGAGAACAAAGAUGUGGUGGUGAGAUGCUCCGAGUCUCCACAAGCUUCUCUCAGAGAAAAGGCUAACAAGGUUUUGAGCCUCCUAGGUGGAGAACAGGCAGGAAGAGUUCCAAGUUCCGAAAAGCUUGUACAGGUUAAUUCUGCUUCUUUUCAGAUGCCUGACUUGAUUGACACUGGUGAUUCAGAUGAUUUCAGUGGAACAGAUUCAACAAAUAAUAAAAGUGAUCAAAUUGGCACAAACCUGACAACACCAGCAACCCCACUAAUUGAUGAUUUGUUUGGAGAUGGUUUUGUCAAUGUUGCAAGCACUAGUGAACUGAAAAAUGAUGAUGGUUUUGUCAAUGCUGCAAGUGCUAGUGAACUGAAAAAUGAUGACGACCCCUUUGCAGAUGUUUCAUUCCAUGCUAGUGAGAAUAGAGAACAGGGAGAUGAUCUCUUUUCUGGAAUGAGAGUUGAUGGUAGACAGGAUACUAAUGAGAAUGAAGCAACAGCAGGAAAGAAAGAUGGCCCUGAAGUAUUUGAUAUCUUUGGGUCCAACUAUGUAGUUCCUCAAGAGCAAGUAAAUCAGGGAAAAGAUGUUAAUGAUUUAAUGGGUGAUUUGUCUAUUAAUGAAAAUGGUUCAAAGACAGAGCAGAAAGGAACCUCUUCGGCAGCACUAUCUGAAGUCUUUUUCUCAGGUUCAAAUAAUUCUUCCAGCCAUCAGGUCUCCAAUGAUGCAUUUAGCGGUUUUGCUUCUCAAACAUCAGGGAUGAGUGCAAAUUUUAUAUUCCCUCAAGGUGCUACGGCAUAUAACGUCCAUCCUGGCUUUAUGCUCAAUCAAGCUUUUCCUGCUCAACAGAUAAAUUACAAUGCCAUGGGCAAUGUAUUUGCACAACACUUUGCAACAAUGAACCUGAAUGCUCAAAAUACAGGUGUUGGUCUUGUUUCUGGAACAAAGGGAGGAUAUCCUACACCCCUUCCUGACAUAUUCCAAGCAAAUUAUGUAGCUCCCGCCCCUGUGGUGAACAGUUCAAAGAAAGAGGAUUCAAAAGCAUUUGAUUUUAUAUCUGAUCAUCUUGCAGCUGCUCGUGAUCCAAAGAGGGUGGUUUAAAUCUUUUGGGCUAAUGCUUCAAACACAAGGACUCUUAGAUCCUCAAUAACGAAUUUCAAGCUAGUUGAUCAAACUAGGGCCAUCCCAACUUUAUUUGUGGCCUUAGGCGAUAAAAGGAAAUACGGAGCCUUUUCGGUCGAAUAGCAUUAUUAGUUCACAUUAAGAAUAUAUGUUAUUUAAAUUUAUUCUUUUUCGUUCCUUUGAAGUAGUUGAGGAUAUUUUGGCUUGGAAGGUCAUUUGUGGUUUUUUUACA